GAACUGAAGCGGCUCUCCCUGCGUGGUCAGCCGCUAACGCCAUCGACGUAUUGAAACAGCACAGUUUGGAGACGUGCGUGCCGAGGCCUGCGCGAAAUUGCACAGCGCGACGCCGCGGAACACCCUCAAACACAGCACAGCACGUGACAAGCAGCACACGCAGCGUAAACGAUGCGGACCACCGUCUUCCCCGGCAACCUCGCACCGAUAGUCGUCGACGUCGACUGCAAAGGAGUUAGGCACGUCGACUCCUUCCUCUGGAGCCUCGAUGCGUCGCGGAUGGCGCCCGAAGAGUUUGCGAAACAAACAGUAGACGAUUUGCAGCUCCCGCAAGAAUGCGUUGCAUUGAUAGCAGCUUCAUUGAGAGAGCAACUGAAAGUCGCCCAGCAGCUCCAGAAAUUUGUAGCGCGGCGCGACGAACCUUUGCUGCCGCGGCACGUCACGCUCGUAGUGGACGCGACGAACGAGCAGAAGCGUUUUUGUGAUGAGUUCGUCUGGGACACGCUCGACUCGUCCUGCGACAAGCCUGAACUAUUAGCGCGAAGGACGUGCGCGGACAUGGGGCUGCACGCACCCUUCGACGCCGCGGUCGCGUUCGCCAUCCGCCGGCAGCUUUAUAGGGUGGCGCUGGGCUUCCGACCUCACGAAAAUAAGGCGUCGUCGCAGCGAGACUUUCCCAUGCCGGGCCGCGCGGAGCCGCACUGCUGGCAGGCGCGCGACCCGCGCGACCCCCGGGCCCAGGUGCCCGGGCCCCAGCCCAUCGGCGACCCGCCGCCGCGCAUGACGGGCCUCCACGUCUUCGCGUCGAAGUGGCACGAGAACCGCGCGGCGAAACUCGCCGCGGACCAGCCCGUGCCCGACAUUAGUGUGGAGGAGGCCUGGGCGAACCUGCCGCCGGAGACGCGGGAGCGCUUCGAGCAGGUGGCGCGCAAAGGAGGCGGGAAGUAGACGUUGUAGUAAGUGUUCA